AUGUCACGGGAUGGUUUUCCAUCAAUGAUAUUUUUCGAUGUCUUGGGAACAAUUGUGGAAUGGAGAAGCUGCAUCGGAAACGAACUGAAUGCCACAGCAAGAAAGGCAUUGCAAGAUCAAGAUCGACAUUUGAGUGCCGAUGUGCGAGCACGGGUGUCUGAUAUGUCGACUUCGAGCUGGCAGGAGAUCGCCGAAGAGUGGCAUCGCUCAUAUAUGAACUUCGGAGACACCUACGAUAGCUCUAAGCCCUUUAUCUCGGUAGAUGAGUACAACCGCCUCUCGUUGGAAAAGAUUCUCAUCAAACAGCGUCUCCGAGAUUUGUUCAACGACGACGACCUCAAGCAUAUGACUCUCGCUUGGCAUCGACUUGACUCAUACUCUGACAGUGUGCCAGGCCUGUCGUUGCUGAACACCAAAUUCGAGACGUCUACAUUAUCCAAUGGUAACGUCAAACUCCUCGAAGACCUUCAAGAACACAAUUCUCUGCCUUUCAAGCACAUCACCAGUGCAGAGCACUUUGGUGCUUAUAAGCCGUCGCCUGAGGUCUAUCAUGGUGCUGCUCGCAGAUUCGGCUUUAGGAGCUCGCAAUGUUGUCUCGUCGCAGCCCAUCUCGAGGACUUGCAGGCCGCCAAAAAAUGUGGCUUUCAGACAGUCUAUCUAGAGAGACAUUUGGAAGAAGCUUGGGAUAGUAGAGAGAUUGCACGAGCCAAAGAAGAGGGGUUUGUUGAUCUCUGGGUCGAAGUUGGAGGCUCUGGUCUGAUUGAAGUUGCUCGACAUUUUGGAAUUGAACCUGAAUUCUGA